CCCGCGAACGUCCCCGGGAGCCGAGCAGGAGCGAGCGCCGGGGCCGGGUGCGCAGGACUGAAAAGGAGGCGGCGGCCGCGGCUGCGAGCAACAGAUCCGGGCUCCGCGAGCAGACCCACUCUGCUGUUGGGCGAUUUUUUUGUUUGUUUGUUUAAUUUCAAAAACGUUUAUUAAAUUAGUAAAUCUUGCAUUUUUAAAUGGCGCUGGCCCUGGGUCAGCGGGUGGUUUUCUCAGCUUCAAGAUGGGCUUUGCCGUUUCUGUCGGCACCAGUGGUGGCCUGAUUGUCAGUCUUCUCCGGGCAUUUUUAAGGCCAGGAGCUGAGCGCUGCAUGUAGGCGCCCUACAGAGCGGUUUGGCUUCUUAAAUUAUUAUUCUUAUUUUGGGCAGAGAACAGUCGAUUCUCGGGCAUUUCGCUCUCUUUGGAGAAGAGGCUGCGAGUCGGCGGUGGGUCGCUCGGAGGCUGAAAUUCCUCCCGGGGUGAGCGAUCCUCGGCCCCGCGCACAGUCCAGGCAGCCCCGAGAGUGUCUCCUGUCCCUGACGACGCCGGGAAAAUGGAGGCUGUGAUUGAGAAGGAAUGCAGCGCGCUCGGAGGCCUCUUCCAGACCAUCAUCAGCGACAUGAAGGGGAGCUAUCCAGUUUGGGAAGAUUUCAUAAACAAAGCCGGAAAGCUACAGUCCCAGCUUCGGACAACAGUAGUAGCAGCAGCUGCCUUCUUGGAUGCCUUUCAGAAAGUGGCUGACAUGGCCACCAACACACGUGGUGGUACCAGGGAGAUUGGCUCGGCCUUAACCAGGAUGUGCAUGAGGCAUCGGAGCAUAGAAGCCAAGCUGAGGCAGUUUUCCAGUGCUUUAAUCGAUUGUCUGAUAAACCCGCUUCAAGAGCAGAUGGAAGAAUGGAAGAAAGUGGCCAACCAGCUGGAUAAGGACCACGCAAAAGAAUAUAAAAAAGCUCGCCAAGAGAUAAAAAAGAAGUCCUCAGAUACGCUGAAACUGCAGAAGAAAGCAAAAAAAGUGGACGCUCUCGGGCGAGGUGACAUCCAGCCCCAGUUGGACAGUGCGCUCCAAGACGUCAACGAUAAGUAUCUCCUGUUGGAAGAAACAGAAAAGCAGGCAGUCCGGAAGGCUUUGAUCGAAGAACGUGGCCGGUUCUGCACCUUCGUCUCUAUGCUGAGGCCCGUGAUUGAAGAAGAAAUCUCAAUGCUAGGGGAAAUAACUCACCUGCAGACCAUAUCAGAAGAUCUGAAAAGCCUGACCAUGGACCCUCACAAACUGCCCUCUUCAAGUGAACAGGUGAUUUUGGACUUGAAAGGUUCUGAUUACAGUUGGUCGUACCAGACUCCACCCUCUUCCCCCAGCACCACCAUGUCCCGCAAAUCAAGUGUCUGCAGCAGCCUGAACAGUGUCAACAGCAGCGACUCGCGGUCCAGCGGCUCCCACGGUUCCCACUCGCACUCGCCCAGCUACCGCUACCGCGGCUCCAGCCUGGCCCAGCAGGCGCCUGUGCGGCUGUCCAGCGUGUCCUCCCAUGACUCCGGUUUCAUCUCCCAGGACGCCUUCCAGUCCAAGUCGCCAUCCCCCAUGCCGCCGGAGGCCCCCAACCAGAACUCGUCCAGCUCGGCCUCCUCUGAAGCCUCGGAAACCUGCCAGUCCGUGAGCGAGUGCAGCUCGCCUACCUCAGUCAGCUCAGGCUCCACCAUGGGCGCCUGGGCGUCCACGGAGAAGUUGUCUAACGGGUUUUCUCACUAUAGUUUAUCAAGUGAGUCCCAUGUGGGGCCCGUGGGGGCGAGCCUUUUCCCUCAUUGCCUGCCCGCCUCCCGCCUGCUCCCUCGGGUCACCUCUGUCCACCUUCCAGACUACGCUCAUUAUUACACCAUUGGGCCCGGCAUGUUCCCGUCAUCUCAGAUCCCUAGCUGGAAGGACUGGGCCAAGCCAGGACCUUACGAUCAGCCUCUGGUGAACACCCUUCAGCGCCGCAAAGACAAGCGAGAGCCAGACCCCAGCGGUGGAGGCCCCGUCGCAGCAGGAGGCACGCCCACUGCUGCCGAGGAGGCUCAGAGGCCGCGGAGCAUGACCGUGUCGGCCGCCACCAGGCCUGGAGAGGAGAUGGAGGCUUGUGAGGAACUGGCCCUGGCCCUGUCUCGGGGCCUCCAGCUUGACACCCAGAGGAGCAGCCGGGACUCGCUUCAGUGCUCCAGCGGCUACAGCACCCAGACCACCACCCCCUGCUGCUCCGAGGACACCAUCCCCUCCCAAGUUUCAGAUUACGAUUAUUUCUCUGUAAGUGGUGACCAGGAGGCAGAUCAGCAGGAGUUUGACAAAUCUUCCACCAUUCCGAGAAACAGUGACAUCAGCCAGUCCUACCGACGGAUGUUCCAAGCGAAGCGCCCAGCCUCAACUGCUGGCCUCCCCACCACCCUCGGACCUGCUAUGGUCACCCCAGGGGUUGCAACCAUCCGACGGACCCCUUCCACCAAGCCUUCUGUCCGCCGGGGGACCAUAGGAGCUGGUCCCAUCCCCAUCAAAACACCCGUGAUCCCUGUCAAGACCCCCACCGUCCCAGACCUCCCUGGGGUGUUGCCAGCCCCUCCAGAUGGGCCCGAGGAGCGGGGUGAGCGCAGCCCCGAGUCGCCGUCCGUGGGUGAGGGCCCCCAGGGUGGCACCAGCAUGCCCUCCUCAAUGUGGAGCGGCCAAGCCUCCGUCAACCCUCCUCUUCCGGGCCCGAAGCCGAGCAUCGCCGAGGAGCACAGACAAGCAAUUCCAGAAAGCGAGGCCGAAGACCAGGAAAGGGAUCCCCCAAGUGCCACUGCCUCCCCAGGCCAGAUUCCGGAGGGUGACCCUGCAGACCUGAGCCCAAGGGAUGCCCCGCAAGGAGAAGACAUGCUGAACGCCAUCCGCAGGGGCGUGAAACUGAAGAAGACCACGACAAACGACCGCUCAGCCCCGCGCUUCACUUAGGCUCUCUUAGGCUCACAAGAAAUGCUGCCAGUGGGGAACGAACUGUCUAAUUAUAAGACCUAGUUUGUCUUGAUCCAUUCCAAUCUGUAAUCAAACAAAAGAUUUUGUAGGCAACUCAGAACACAGCUCUUUUGAAAGUACUCGACACCUUUAGAUAAGAAUUAAAAGCAACAUAUGUAACUGACAUAACCUUGAUCUUUUAAUUUGUAAAUAUUGAGUUUUCUUUCUGCACAUUUUAAUCUUAAGUAAGUUUCCCUUUUGAUUUUUCUGAAGGUGCCAAAUUCCAUUUUUUUAUAAGUCUUUGUAAAAUUUUAAAUGCAUAAUAAGGGGGGGAGGUCGGGCAGGGGAACCACGAAGUAGUAAUUUCAGAAAAAAGGAUAACUAUACUUAGCUUUCUUUUUUUUCUUUUCUUUCCUGCAAGCUUUUGUAGAUGCACCAUAGUAGUCUGGCUUAGACACAAAUUCAAGUUAUUGUAAUGUACAAACAAAAUGGGUAAGGGGUAAAAAUCCUUAUUCAAGUAUACUACGUUCGGGAUGAGAAAAGCGGGAGUCAGUUGAUGCGCAGUAUUAGGAGUGAGGGAACCCUGGAAACGGGAGGCUGUGUUGGGACUGGGGGGAGGGUCGCGGGAGGGGCACACUGUCAACACAGCCGAUCCUGUCACAUUUAAGAGUAGCCUCGUAGGUUGAAUUUCUAGUAGCUUCAUGGUAAAUGCAUCCGAAUAAGCCACACUGGAUUGCAGUGUUUGUUUCUGUAGGGUGUUUAAGGACUUCUUUCUCCCACGAUUGCUCCUGACUGCACACAGCACCCACCUCCAGCCCCGUGCAUGCUGCCACCACCGGGUAGACAUAGAACCCCCCACUUCGGUUACUUGUCUGUUAGUUAUACCCACUUUCACUGAAUCCAAACACAUCCAGAAGGGUAAGGCAGUUUUAAAAAUGUGAAAACAUUUAAAAAUGAUUGAUUGAUAGCAGGGAAUUCUUAGAUAUAGCAAAUGCCUUUUACUUAACCGUGCCUAGCAGGCUGGGCGCGUUAAAAAGCCCAAAUAUUUUGGAAAAACUGGAGCGGAUUUAACAAGGGUAACCAGCUUGGAGUCUGGCAACUUGCCAAUGUGUUUACCAGUCUGGGGGCUUGUUUUUCUUAUCUUCUUUUAAAUAAUGGCAGUUAAUUGCCUUCAUACUAAACAUCGAAGAGAGGAGGAUUUAUUUCUCAUCACUGGGAAUCUGACCACCAUACUGUCCCUUUUUUUUUUUUUGGUAUUCUAGGUAAUGUUUGUUUUUUGGAAUGGAUUUGUCUUUUCUUUUCUAAGUGAAAGUCAAAUUUGUUAUAAUGCCCAUCCCCUAAAGCCAGCAGAGAUUUGUAGAUUUAAAGGGAUCACGUUUGGGGAAUGCAAUGGUGUUUAAAAAAAAAAGCCAGCCCCUUCGGGUCAGUUGAAAGUGCUCGUUUGGGACCGAACCUCUCAAGGAAUAGGAGCCUGGUGGGUCCCACAGACCCUGCAGAUCUCUGUUGGCUCCAAUCUUCAAUUACAUAAUCUUCUGCUUUAAUACAUAACUGCACUGGAUGUGAAAGAAACGUACCUGUAUAGUCAGUGUUCUCUAUAUUAACAUUUAACACUGCUGUGAUUGCUCAAAAACAUUUUAUGUUACAGCUUUCAAGCAAAGGCAUGAUUAUUAGAAACUGUUUAAGCUUUUUUUCUUUGAAAAACAAGCUCCAUUUACAGAAUAUAAGCAACAGUAGUGCCUGUGGUUUAGCCCACCAAUCUUGAUGACUAAAAGUAGCUGAUGCAUUGUGCAUAUGAUGCUUGAGAUGGUUUUUGCAAAAGCAGAAAUCACUGCAAGGUAAUUACGAUAGAUAAAAGUGGUAUUUUAAACCUUUGAAAUAAAUGGAUGUAACUGUACCUUGGUACAGCUUUUCACUUGUUUAGUUUUUAAACGUUAGUAUAAUCAAUAAAUUUAAUAUAAAACGUUGCCAAAUUCAAUGUAGAAAGAAUGUGACAAAACGCCUUGGGUAGUUCUGUUUGUGUUUUUGCAUAUUGUAAAAGCAGUGUCACAGCUAAAAAUAAAGAAAUCCUUUCUAAAGGUAAAUUAUUGUGGUUUAGUUGCUAGUUUGUACUGAGAGUUGACCUCUCCCUGUGCAGUUUUUUUGUUCUAAACUUGUAUAAAUAACAACUGUGUAACGUGUCUCCCUUUUACCUUGUAUCAGUUGCUUCAGCCUACAUUAUAAAUAAAGAACCACUAGAAAAAAAAGCCCUGCAUUUCAAGUCUUAUUAAAAUUCAGGUGGAGGUCUUAGUGAAGUGUUAGAAAAUGGAGACUCAGAUUGAGCUUAGUUCGAAAACUGACGACAUCAUUUUUGUGCACUUUAAGAACGCUAGUUGCCUGAACAGUGAGUUACCAAGAACUAAAACUAGCUGGGCUUGGUUGAGCUUUAAAAAUGGCUUUACCCUUAAAAAAAGAAACUUCAAACAUUUAGAGUUCUGC